AUGUCGAAUUCCAGGAAAGAGUUUGACGUUAAGCAGAUUCUUCGUAUCCGAUGGCGAUGGUUUGGUCACCCUACUUCCCCGCCGCCUAGCAACCAGGCAACCGGAGACUUCUUCAGCGGCCGGGGAACUGGGAGCUCCUCAUCCGCUGAACAGCCCUCUGUGGCAGGCUGCGCUAGUGGCUCCAACGCCGCUCUCGGAGCCAGCACAAGUAACAGCACGGCUUCGGCCAACGCUAACAACAACCGAAAGUUUGGGGACUCCGACACCCAUAACCGACCUGUGCUUGCAGGCGGCUCCGUUUGCCCUCGUUCGAUAAGCCAACAGGAGUGUCGUAACCCCCCUCCGUUAUCUUGGGUCUCCCCGCCACACUCACGCUCGGUGCUGGAGGUGAUGAACGUAAACCAGGACGCUGGUGCCAGUAGCACGUCCCACCCCUCCGUAUUACCGGACAGCACCGGUACAGGGGACACUGCUGUAGGCGUGGAGGAUAAUAACAAUAACGUGGACUCGGAGUCAAGCUCUUGCAGGACAUCGAAUAGCAGUCAGACAUUGUCCUCAUGUGGGUCCAUGGAGCCUUGUAACCCCGAUGAGCUGUUCCAGGCAUUAAGUCACGCUGAACACACCUUCAGACGCAUGGAGAGCUAUCUGAGGAACAGAAAACUGUGUGAUGUGGUGCUCCUCGCAGGUGACAGGAGAAUACCUGCGCACAGGUUGGUUCUCUCCUCUGUUUCGGACUAUUUUGCUGCCAUGUUCACCAGUGAUGUGCGGGAGGCAAAGCAGGAGGAGGUUAAAAUGGAAGGUGUGGACCCAGAUGCAUUGUGGGUCUUGGUGCAGUAUGCGUAUACAGGGCGUUUGGAGUUGAGAGAAGACACUAUCGAGUGUGUGUUGUCAGCUGCGUGUCUGCUGCAGCUGUCUGCAGUCGUGCAGGCGUGCUGUUCUUUCCUCAUGAAGCAGCUCCACCCCUCAAACUGCCUGGGUAUCCGCUCGUUCGCAGACGCACAGGGCUGCCAGGACCUGCACAAAGUUGCACACAACUACACUAUGGAGCACUUUAUGGAGGUGAUGGUGAAUCAGGAGUUUCUGAUGCUUUCGGCCAGUGAGAUUGAGAAGCUGCUGAUCUCUGAUGACAUGAACGUUCCGGACGAGGAAACCGUGGUAACGGCCCUGCUCAGCUGGGUCCGGCACGACACGCCCAACCGCCAAUCACAGCUACCCGCCCUCCUCGCGCAUGUCCGCCUCCCCCUGCUCAAACCGCAGUUCUUGGCGGAUAUGGAGUCAAACUCUCUCCUUAGGGACAGUGUUGAGUGCCAGCGCUUGGUAAUGGAGGCUAUGAAGUACCACCUGUUACCAGAGCGACGACCCCUCCUGCAGAGCCCACGCACCCGGCCCCGAAAAGCUACGGUCGGUGCUCUGUUUGCCGUCGGAGGCAUGGAUGCCACCAAAGGCGCCACCAGUAUCGAGCAGUACUGUUUGCGGAAGGACUCGUGGAGACAGGUGGCGGUGAUGAGCGGAAGGCGGUUGCAGUUUGGCGUGGCCGUGCUGGACGACCGCCUGUACGUGGUUGGGGGGAGGGACGGCCUAAAGACCCUGAACACGGUCGAGUGUUACAAUCCCCGCAGUAAGAGCUGGAGUGUCAUGCCUCCCAUGUCCACACACAGACAUGGCCUGGGUGUGGCAGUAUUAGAAGGUCCUAUGUAUGCAGUUGGUGGUCACGAUGGUUGGAGUUACUUGAGUACGGUAGAACGCUGGGACCCUCAGGCACGACAGUGGAGUUUUGUUGCUUCCAUGGCAACGCCCCGAAGCACGGUGGGAGUUGCUGUCCUAAACGGCAAGUUGUAUGCAGUGGGUGGCAGGGAUGGAAGCUCUUGUCUAAAAUCGGUUGAGUGUUUCGACCCACACACCAACAAGUGGAGCGGCUGCUCCCCCAUGGCCAAGCGUAGGGGCGGGGUCGGAGUAGCCACCUGGAACGGCUUCCUGUACGCUAUUGGAGGUCACGACGCCCCUGCCUCCAGCCUGGCCUCACGCCUGUCUGACUGCAUGGAGAGGUAUGACCCGAAGACGGACACGUGGACAGCUGUAGCUCCCAUGAGCCUCAGCAGGGAUGCGGUGGGCGUGUGUCUACUGGGGGACCGCCUUUACGCCGUGGGAGGGUACGAUGGACAGACCUACCUCAACACUGUCGAAGCCUACGACCCUCAAACUAAUGAGUGGACUCAGGUGGCGCCUCUGUGCUUGGGCCGAGCUGGAACCUGUGUGGUUGCCGUGAAACUGUAAAGGCCGGCAACGGUCUCCAUGGUGAUCUUCCCAGAGAGAUGCCUGGGCAGCGUCUACCCAACAAUUACCAACAUUUAGACGGAAUUGCUCGCAUGCA